UGUGUUGACGCGGUGCACAGCAGAGAAGUCCUCCCACGCGUCCUCGUGACGCACGUCUCUGCGUGGGCGCGCCACGCGUGGGAGUGCGAGCGCGCGAUUGUAGCAGCGCGGAAUAUCCCAUCUCUGUCUGUAGGGGAGUGAGAGAAGAGAGAGAAAAGAAGAAAAGAAAGAAAGGCGGAAGCGCGUAUAGUGCGUCUACUAUUUCUCUUUAUUUCACUUCUCACUCUUCUUUUUUUAAUCGUGUGCACCUCCGGGUUUUGACAACACACACACACAUACACACACACGCAUACACACACACACGCAUGCACACAUUGUGUAAACGGAAGAGCGGAACUACCUGCUCUCUCUCUCUCUCUCUUUCUCUCUCUCUCCAUCGCUCCGAUGUCGCGCAACACUUCACCUUAGUGACCCGACAAUUUCUCUAUCUGUCUCUCUUCUUCUUUUAAACUUUUUCUUACUAUUAUUAUUAUCAUCAUCAGUAAAAUCGUGCAUAAGGAACCGAAUCGGAAGAAAAAGAAUCCGCGAAGGAGAGAUUUUCGGGGGAAUUUGGGAAUAGAGCUAAAAGAAGUCCAGAAAGGUCAUGGCGGCGACUUUGCCCAGGACUCUUGGCGAGUUGCAGCUCUACCGCAUCCUACAGCGGGCCAACCUGCUGUGCUACUACGACGCGUUCAUCCAGCAGGGCGGCGACGACGUGCAACAGCUGUGCGAAGCAGCUGAGGAUGAGUUCUUGGAGAUCAUGGCGCUGGUUGGGAUGGCUAGCAAACCGCUGCACGUGCGACGCCUCCAGAAAGCUCUGCGUGACUGGGUGACCAACCCGGCACUGUUUAACCAGCCGCUCGCUUCACUUCCUGUCUGCAGCAUCCCUGUCUACAAACUUCCUGACGGCCCCGUGCUGCCUGUCAAAGUUCCUAAAACAGAUCCGCCGAAAACUGAAGCAGGCAGCGGGAGCUCGUCGGCCACCGCCUCGCCUCUGCUGAGUGGCAACGAGCCGCGUUUCUGGGCCGAGCGAAGCCUCUCGCCGGCCGAGCUCGGCUCACCCUCGUCCCCACUGCCGCGUGACACCCUUGAAGCUCUUGACAUCGCCGCAGUCCAGGCCGUCAGUGAGUGUGUAGACAGGAUGGCUCGUGCGUUACCCAAAAGUGACCCGGCGGAGCUGAGAGAGCAACUCAAGGCUAACAAGAAGCUCGCCAAAAUGAUUGGCCAUAUCUUCGACUUGAGCGACGAUGACCCGCGCCGGGAGGAGGAGAUUCGCAAAUACAGCGCCAUAUAUGGACGCUUCGACUCCAAGAGGAAGGACGGCAAACAUCUCACACUCCACGAGCUGACGGUGAACGAGGCAGCAGCUCAACUGUGUAUAAAGGAAGUGGCGUUACUCACGCGCAGGGACGAGUUAUUUGGACUCGCUCGCCAGGUCUCCAGAGAGGUCACCUACAAGUACACAUACAGGACCAGCAAAUCUCGUUGUGGAGACAGAGACGAGCCGUCACCGAAGAGAAUUAAAACGGAGCAGGAAGGCUUUUUUGACCUGCAGGAGGCGCUACAGGCCAUCCACAUGCGUCAGGAGAGUCUGAGAGAGCAGCUGAAUCAGGCUCGCUCCAAAGGAGAGGAAACACUCACUCGAAACAUCCAGGUUCAGCUGGAGCGUCUCUUGGCUAAACAGAUGGAGAUUUUGCACGAUGCAGCGACGCAGGACAGACUGCAGGCUCUGGAGUGGCGUGUUCCUCCCGGGGCAGUUAAACACCACGCUGACUUGCACGCUAAUGCUAACACCAACGGGGUGCAGAGCAGCACCGAUAAACACACCGAGCAGCAUGGUGAGAGGCCACUAAAUCUGCGAAUAACAGGACAAAGAGGCGGAGCUUCAGAAGGAGACACAACUCUGGGAAAACAGCUGGCCAAUGAGCUGAAGAGACAUCACCAAGCCAGUGUCGAGAGCAAGGCAGCAGCCGCUACAGAGAACGGCAGUGGAGGGGAGGUGAGUCCCCAUGCUCUCAACCUCUCAGAAAAGAAAAGCAUCAAAUGUGAACCUGAGGACUCCAGAUAGCAGACCAGACCUCCCUGUUGAUUUCUAUUUAGUUCUUUUCUUAUUUUUUUUUUUUCCGACUCCAUUAUGAACUGUCGUCUGUCCGUGAAUACUAAAGGAGCACAACUACAGUAGAGCCUUAAUAACCAACGUUGCCUCAGAUUUCCUUUAUUUUUUAGUUUUAAUCUUUUUUCUUUUUUCCGUUUUGCCAAAGCACCUAGUGUCCUUAUUUUCUUCCCUGAAUAGAUUAGCAUAACUUUGUGUUGUCAGUGACUGUACAUGCAAAAACCCCGCCUCCUCUCUCUCUCUCUCUCUCUCUCUCUCUCUCUCUCUCUCUCUCUCUCUCUCUCUCUCUCUCUCUCUCUCUCUCUCUCUCUCUCUCUCUCUCUGGCGUGGACUGUAACGUCCGCUAGUUGUACAUACAUUUGUUGAUACGUGGAAAAUGUUCAGAUGUUAUUUAAAUACAGUUUGUUUUGUGUGUGUGUGUAUCUAAAUGAAUGCAUGUUGUUUCACAACGUUCCAGACAUCAACAUAUUCAGCAGAUAAGCACAAACAGAAUUUUAUGGCUGAGGAACAUCUGGAUCAGGGCUGACCAUAACAGCUAGAAAAGCUGGCUGUCAGAUAUGAAGCUCGUGAGACGAAGAAAGACUUGUUAACCGUACGUUCACACUAGCAAGAGCUUGUUGGCCUGCCUGUGGGCUUGGCCUGCUCUGUGUAAAGUCUCUGUACACAUUUAAUGAGAGGUUGUACAUGACAGGAAGUGCUGUCGUUCUGCUGCGUGAAACAGUCACCAGGUUAGCGUUUAUUUGCUAAGUUUUGUUUACUAGCUAUCAUUUUAUUGACACAGUUUCAGUUAAUCCUUCUCUUUGACUUGACCACAGCUCCAAUGAGGAUAAAGUCAUUCAUUUUAAGCAAGAAAGACACACUGAUAGGAGAUUUUUUUCUUCCACAUUCUAAAAAAAGUACUGAACUAUACUGAACUGUACUGAGUACUGAACUGCACUGCUCUGUACUGAACGGUAUUGAACUGUACUGAUAUAUACUGCUCUGUACUGAGAACUGAACUCUACUGAGUACUGAACUGUACUGAACUGUACUAAGUAAUGAACUGUACUCCGUUCUUUACUGUACAGAGUUCUGAAUUGCACUGAGACCAGUGCAAUACAUAGACUCAAGUGUUACAGGGCUGUUUGGCCGUAUCUUAUCUCUCUUGCUAAGUUAGCAUCCAUUGCUUAAUUGUUGCUCUUUUGCUGAAUUAGCUUUCACUCACAAGGUUAGCAUUUUAUUCAAAUUCAGAUUUCACUUUCGACGUUAAUUCUGCUCUUGCUAUGUUAGCUCUCAUUCACUAGGUAGUGAUCAAUUAGUAGAUAAAUUUGGUUAUUAUCGGUCUGAGAAAUCGUGCAAGACGAUCAUUGGAUUCAUGUCAUCGAAUUUAAAAAGAAAACAGAGUGCCCGAUUGUCAAUCCAUCUCUCGCUGGUGUGAACGUGGGGAAACUGCAUAGGUUUACACCAUCUUAGUAAGUAAAAAAGCUUUAUUAUCUUACUCAGGGUGGUUUACAUGACUAAUUUAUAUAUAUUUUGGAAAAAAACUGAAAAAAACAGAACCAACUAGUAAUAAUAAUAAUAAAAACACGAGCAGGCAGAAGAUUAAAACAGCAGUCACAUGCACACACCUGUGAUAUUAGGUACUGAUUCAAAUAAAAUGAUUGAAAAAAAGGUUCAGCGUUUAGCGACAAUUUUUAACGUGUGCUAUAGUUUGUUAGUGAAAGAGCUACAAAGCGAAUGUUCGUCUGUGUACGUGAUGUAGUGUAAAGCGUAAAAUACCAAGUGUGUAGUAAAUAGUAGAGCAAUACCAACUAGCUGUUGUUAAUAAAACGCAGUGUGUGUGUGUGUGUGUUUACUGUACAGUGUGUAGUGUAAUAGUGUUAGUUUAGAAUAGUCUUAGAUUCUGUUGGUGUACUCAUGUAACUUAUAUGCACUAGUGUUGGACUUUAAAAUGCAUUUUUUAUACAACUUUCAUUUCUUUUUUAUAAUUUUUUUUUUCUGUAUCAUCCUUCCAGCUGAUGCUGUAGGUUUUCCCCGUAAAAAAAUCAGGUUUCCCACAGUCGUGUGUGUGUGUGUGUUAAAUGAAUACCUCUGUGAGAAUAACCGAUUGACCCUCAUGUCCAGGUGGAGAAAUGAUCUGUACGCUUUAUUUUUAUAUAAUUACUUUAUGCAAAACUUUCUUCAUUUAAGUGCCAUUUUCAAACCUCCUUUUCUUUGUUUCCUUUUUUGGAUAUGUGACUUAGAGGAUAUGGUUUUGGUUGAGUGCAAAGUUUGUGCACCCUUUGGGUACUGAGUUUCACACAUUGGGGUUUUUUUAUCUGUCAUGUAUUUAUUUAUAAAUAUGAGUGAGAUGUAAAUAUUUUUUAAAUAAUAUACACAAUCUCUAAUCUGUGUCCCAUGAACUGAGAUUUUAUAAACAGGUUUUGGAGACUUGGUGUUAAAUUGGUGUUAAAUCUUUCUUUAAAUCUUAAAAGGGUUUCUGAAAAUCAAAAAAAAAAAUAGUAGAGAGAGAGAGAGAGAGAGAGAGAGAGAUAUUCAAUAUUAUACUCUUAUACUCUUAUUAUACUAUUUUAAUAAUUGAUUUUUGUCCUGUGGUGCUUAUAGGAAACUCAGCUCAGGUCUGGAGAUUUGAUUACCACAUUCUGAAAAAAAGAGUACUGAACUGUACUGAACGCUACUGCUCUAUACUGAGUACUGAAUUGUACUGAACUGUGCAGAGUGCUGAAUUGUACUGAACUGUACUGAGUACUGAAUUGUACUGAACUGUACUGAGUAUUGAAUUGUACUGAACUGUACUGAGUACUGAAUUGUAAUGUACCAUACAGAGUACUGAAUUGUACUGAACUGUACUGAGUACUGAAUUGUAAUGAUCUGUACAGAGUACUGAAUUGUAAUGAACCAUACAGAGUACUGAAUUGUACUGAACUAUACUGAGUACUGAAUUGUACUGAACUGUACAGAGUACUGAAUUGUACUGAACUGUACAGAGUACUGAAUUGUACUGAACUGUACAGAGUACUGAAUUGUACUGAACUAUACUGAGUACUGAAUUGUACUGAACUGUACAGAGUACUGAAUUGUACUGAACUAUACUGAGUACUGAAUUGUACUGAACUGUACUGAGUACUGAAUUGUACUGCUCUGUGUUCCUGAGUGCAGUACCCUUAUACACGCACCUGUUUCACAUUUAGUAUGUAUCUUCUACUCUAAAAAAGCAAAUUCUGUCAGAUUUCUGCAUCUUAAAUGUUGUUUUUAAAGGUUCAUUAUAUCCAUGUGAAUGGUACAAGUACAAAAGGUAAAGGAAGCAAACCCAGUAAAAAGUACUGUUUAGUACUCUUUUUUUCCCCCAAUAGUGUAGGAUAAAAAACACAGGGAAAAUGUAAAUUAUUUUCUCAAGUGAAAAAAUACUACAAAUAAAAUCUAAAGGAUGAGAAAGUCUUAAAAGGAAAAAAAGACCAGAAACAAAUUUAAAGUUGAACAAUUUUUUUUCUUUAUUAUUUUGAGACUGUUAAAAAAAAGAAAAAACGUGAAAAUCUUUUUUUUUCACUGAUAAACCAUGAGGAGCACAAACUUUAAACUCACAUCUAAUCUAGUCACCUGGGUCAUUGUGAAUGGAUGUGUGUUGAUUAAUGAGUGAGGAAUCAUUUUCAGUGCACACACACACACACACACACACACACACAGAGGUUUAGAUCAGGGGUGUCAAACAUACAAUAAAGGUUCUAAUCACUAAAGGUUCCUCCAAUGGGUUUAAAUUGUAAAUGAAAAUUUGUCUUGUGGUUCUGUGAAAUGAUCUGUAUGAUCUGUGAAAGACGGAGCUCUGUUAUUCCACUUGGGGUAGUAAAAGAAAGCAAUAAUCUCCUGACAAAAUGUGAAGGAUACAUAAUCGACUAUUAUCAAGCUCAGUAAAAUGUUGACACUGUAGCUGUCAGGCUCUGACACGAUACAAUAUCUUAACGAUUUAUCUGUGUCUGCUACGAUACGAUAUGGUACGAUAUCUUAACGAUUCAUCUGUGUCUGCUACGAUACGAUUCAGAUGCCUCUGAUUGAUAGGUGACAAACCUUUACACGAAUAAUGAUGUAGAGAAUGAUGUAAAGAUUUAAAAGCAUCAGAGUUAUGAACGAAUCGAUUCAUUUCAAUUGAUUAAUUUCAAUCGACUCAGUUUGUUAUUAAGUCAUUUUCAUGUUUAAGAUAAUGUCAGAUAUAACGUAAAAAGGGGUGAAUACUUUGCAGAGGCCGAAUAUCAUUCAUCUAGGUGACAUAUAUAAUUAAUGGAAAAUAAUUACCUACUAAUGACAAUGGCACUUAGUGGAUUUUGUUAAGUAUUGGCACCCCUGAUCUUGACAUUUUUUUUAGUUGUGUAUUUUCUGUUUUUAAACUCAUUUGGCUUUAGAUUAUAACUCAAAAAUCAAGGUCAUAGUAGUGUGUAAAAAAAAAAAAAAAGUACUAAUCUGUUCUCUUGUUGGCUGGUGUGUACCUUUAGUACUCAUCCUUUAUGUGGACACGCUAUAAGAAGGUGUGAUUGAAGGUCUAAUUGAAGGUGUGAUUGUUUUUUAAAUCUAUGCUACAUCACACCACCUGCCAAAGGUGUACUUAAAGGUACCAUCAUGUACACAAGAGUACACAUAGUACCCUUUUGUUCUGAGUGAGUACACCUGAUUCAGGUUCUGUAUAUUUUUUUUACACGGGCAUUUGAAUCUAGUGUUUAAUAUUGCUGAGCCUGGUAGCUUGUUUAAUUGUGUGUGUGCGUGUGUGUGUGUGUGUGUGUGUGAGAGAGAUGUUUUUCCCCCUCUGAUGCAUGGGAAAUGAUCAGCCUUGAGAUUGUAUGUAUGUAUAUUUAGAUGGUGAUAUUUCUCAGAGAUGUUCCCAUCGUUGGUAAAAGUAGAAACAAAAGGAAUAGAGGAAACAUACACACACACACACGUUUUGAUCUGAUUAGUUUAUCAGAAGUGCUGAUACACAUGCAGCUAAUCCAUUCCCUGUAGGUCAGAACAUAUCUAAACUCCUACUUUUGUCUCCUAUUCUGCCUUCUGUCCUUUGAAGACAAUGAUCUGUGUCGUCUCGUCUCGUCUUGUCUCGUGGAAAAGGGAAACACGUGCGUUCAGGACUGUGGGAUGAAAUGUUUUUUGUGUUAUGUUUUUUUAAUCAUUAGAUGCUUUGUUCUUAUCGCUGUUCUAAGUCACUGAGUUGAUGAUUCAUCAUUAGGAUAUGCAGUAGUCACGCAUCACCUCUUGUUUUGUAAACACUAAUAUAUUUAAUUUGUUAUACAGCACACGAACAUUAAACUCUAUUUUUUUGAGAUA